AUGACCAACUUUUCAGGUGUGUUGGGGCUUUCUUCUUCUUCGAAACUCUCCAGCAGCACCAAUGACCUGAUUUCUCCCUCUCACUUAUCCUCAUCUUCCUCCGCGUCCUCUUGUUUUUUGGACUCGAGCCCUAAUGAUCCAUCAUUGUGGAACAGUGGGUCAGAGAUUUUCAAACCGAUUUCCUCUUUGCGGGUUCCUUCCUGCACUGAUACCGGCUUAGAUUCUGUCCACAGCUGCUUCCAUGAAUCUGAUCGCCCUGAUUCUCAUGUGAACGACCCUCUUCUUUUUCACGCUAUACGGACUCGUAGUGAUGCGGUCGAAGCACGCCUAAGACAGGCUAGUAAUGUCAAUAGUCUGCUGAGCGCCACUGUCCAACAGACUUCUGAAGGCGUUAAUAUUUGUAUCCGCGAAGAUUCGUCUGGCUUAAUAUCUGCUGGAAAGGCCGCUAACCAAGUUUUAUCUUCCAGGGAAACUAAGCCUCUAUCCCAAUCGAAAUCUCUGCCACAAUCAGCUAAGCUGCCAGAACUGCGGCAGCAACCCAAUCUUGGUUCUUUUGGCCAGAAUUCAUUUGAUGAUGCAGCUAGCUCAGGUUUACCUAGCUCAAUGACUGCAUUUGGCCUUGUUGGCGUUGUAAGGUUCCUGCGCGGCUACUAUCUGAUUUUGAUUACAAAGAGGAAGCAAGUGGCGACGAUUGGUGAGCACAAGAUCUAUAAGGUAAAAUGUCCUUAUCGGAUGACAGGUUGA